AUGGGUCGCCAUGGGAACCGAGACAAGAAGGCCCAGAAGCAGUGGCUUUCAGAGAAGCGACGUGGUGCAGAUGUAGAAGAGGACGGGGGACUCUUGAAAGCCGAAGAAGACUUUCGCAGUUACUACGACUCCCAGGAUUUUUUCGGGCCAGAGGGAGGUGAAGAACAGGCUGCUUUCUGGGAAUCUUUGCGCUCUGCACUUCCGGUGACUUUGCGCGUCCGAGAUGUUGCUGAAGACUCUUUGAUCGCGCUUGGAUGGAAGAGACGCCGGGAGUUUGAUGCAGCUGGAAUGUCUGUCUGGGAAAUUGACUCUUCGCAGUACUCCAGAGACAGCAAGCUUCGAAAUUGGGCAGAGCGUGAAAAUCGUAGAGGUACUGUUUGUUUCCAGGAGCUAGUUUCUCUGGUCCCUGCCUUGCUAUUGGCUCCCAAGCCUGGAGAUGUCUGCUUGGAUCUUUGUGCAGCACCAGGGAAUAAAUCGCUGCAGCUCAUAGAGGCAUUAGCAGGACAAGGGGCCGGAGGAGCUGUUUUGUCCGCAGACAAUGAUCCUCAGCGGUGCUGCUUGACGCUGCACCGUGUGCUUGGCAAAGCUGCAUCGCCCAUGUCGUGUGCUGCGCUGGCACAUGCUGGGCACUUUCCUGUUCUUGUCGAUAAUUCAUCUUCAGACCGACUCCACUACUCCAAGAUACUGGCGGAUGUACCCUGCAGCGGCGAUGGCACUGCCCGGAAGAACUCGCAGGUGUGGCGCUCAUGGUCGCGGCGUGAUGCAUUGAGCUUGCAACGACUGCAGCGACAGAUUCUUCUGCGCGGGCUGUACCUGCUACCUCCGAAUGGCGUACUGGUUUAUUCUACUUGCUCGCUCAAUCCCUUGGAGAACGAGGCUGUUGUUCUGAGUACCUUGAGAAAAUGGCACAACUCUCGGGCAGAAGGUCGUGAAGAUCGCCCCAAGCUUCUGCUGCUUGAUGCUGUGGCCAUCAUCAAAGACAAAUGCGGUUUGCAGCCAGCGCCAGGGCUCUGCAAAUGGCGUGUGCCAUCCCCGCAACGUGGAGGUCCACUAUUCCAGAGCUUUGCAGAGGUGCCUGAAGAGCUGCGGAGUGCCGAGCGUUUCUCUUUGCAGCCUGAGAUGUUUUCUGACGACCCCUUGGCUCAGGACAUGGUGCGCUGCGCGCGCUUCUACCCUCAGACUUGCAACACGGGGGGCUUCUUCGUGUGCAUCAUCCAGAAGUCAGCAGCUGCUCCUCUAGGUCCGCCUGUGCGCCAACUCAACGACAAACAGCUUGAGGGUCGUGGAGCGCAUCCGUUGCUGAGUACAAAGUUCCAUCGGAUCUCUGCCUCUGAUUCGGCUUGGAAAGAGUUGACGAGUUUCUUCAAGCUGGAUCUGGCAUGGUGCAAGGACAAGUUGCAGCGUGGACUGCUCUUUUGGCAAACCAUGAAAGGAAAGUCAGAACCCGAACGCGUGACGCUGGUCUCAGACGCUGUUGCGAAUCUCUGGGCAGCCAAGCCCUGUGAUGGAAGAAAGGUUGCCUGGGCCCGGCUUGGUGUUUUCCUGUUUGAGCAACUACCAAAGGGCCUGUUGAGUGGGCUGGCACCUUGCCGCUGGCGCUUGCAUGCCGAGGGCGUCAUGGUUUUGGCACCAAUCCUUCAGAGCCGUCGAGUUUGUCUUGAGCCUGCUUUGGUACAACAGGUUUUGUGUUGCGAACAUCGACAAACGGCAUUGACAGAAGGCACACCACUCGCAAACGCCGUGGCAAAUGGCGCUGGUGGGAACGAGACCGGAUACCACCAUGUUUGUGGCGGCAUCAUGGUUGGUAUGGGAGAUUCCUGGUUUCCUGGAGUUGUCACACCCAAGCAGCUGCGAAUCUUGGUGGAUGAUGACGCUGCAGAGGCGUUGUUGGAACAAAUCCUCCUACUUGCAACUGCACCACUUCAACCUAGAGCUGUGCCGGCGUCACCAUCCAAGUGAGUACAGAAGGUGAAGGAAUUUACCAUGUUAGAAGAGAUUUAUAUACGGUUGUCACAAAUCUGCAAAUGCAGAAUUGACGAACCGAAGAGCAGCUGUUUCAAUAAGUACAGAUCCCUUCAGGAUCUUACUUCACUCUUGGUUUUGUCCAGUCAUCUUGAAUUGCUGUGGUUGCCUCUAGCCGCUCUAGCCUUUUGCAGCUCAGGGAUC